AUGGGCCAACUUCCUUCGAGGCCCAAGAAGGGCGCCCAAUUCCGGGUGAUCGGGGCUGGAAUGUGUCGUACAGGAACAAAGACACUAAACGAGGCUCUGAGUAUUCUCCUUGACGGACCAUGCCACGACUCGGGUAUUCAGUCGUUGGGAGGAAGUAAACACGAAAUCAAGACCUGGUUAGAUAUUAUGGAUCUUGCCCCGAGGCAGCAUACACCUGAGGACGAAGAGAAGAUGAGCUGGAUGAUCCAAUCAAUCUUCGACGGCUACGUAGCCACGAUGGAUUGCCCAGCCGCGUCAUUGGUUCCCGAGAUCAUGCGUGCUUAUCCUGAGGCUAUCGUCCUAGUGACGACCCGUGAGCAAGCGUCUUGGUGGAAGAGUAUGAAGAACAUGAACGGCAUGAUGUCGACAUGGUACCUGCCCGUCAUUGUGAUGUGGCUCAGAAUAGCUCAGGGCUAUGGUGAAUGGGGGUUCAAGUUCCAGGCUCUUAGCAAGUGGAGGUACGGCUCUGAAGGUAUCCGCGAGCCCACCAAGGCCAUCCACGAAGAACACAUAAGGCAGGUCGUCCCUCCUGAGAAGCUCUUCUGGUACAAUGUCAGCGAGGGAUGGGGGCCACUAUGCAAGAUUCUAAAUGUGCCAAUUCCCGAUGUACCUUUCCCUCACAACAACAGCAAGACCGAGGCCGAGAAGGUUUGGCAGAGACAUGUGAUUUCUGGUGUUUCUUCUUGGCUCUUUGUUGUGGGUGUUCUCCUCUGGACGAUGUAUAACGUAUCUGGUUGGCUUCAGGAAACCACGAUCGAAGUGUAG